GGACGGUGCAUGAGGGGCUUUCCUGCUCCCAGAGCCCUGGCUCUGCAGGAUGGGUCUGAGCUCCUCCAAGGCGCAGCCCAAGGUGACCAGGGUGGCCCCAGUGCCCACCCGGGGGGCUGUGCCCACUCUGAGGGCCCUGCAGGGGCUCCCCAGGGAGCCAGGAGAGCCCAGCCCACACCCCCCCGUGCCCUCCUUCCACCUGGAGCUGCCACCUCUGCGGGAGACCCGGUACGGGAGAGCCUCUGCAGGGCCCCUCUCCCUGAACACCCUGCCAGGGAAGGAUGGGACCAGCAUCAUCAAGCAGCACCCACCCCGAAGGCCUCAGAGGCUUGAACCUGCCAUCCCUCCAGAAGCAAUCUCUCCUGCAAAGCCCUGGAGUCAGCGAGAAGUGGCUGCAAACCCAAAACCAAAGGUGCUGGAGAAAAGGGGGCAAAGCCUGAAUCCCCUCCCUGGCAGGAGGCAGCACUUGCACAAGCUUCAGAUGCUGGACUUGACCCGCAGGAGACGAGAGGCGGAGCUGAAGCGGAAUCUCCACAGGGAGGCGAAAAUCAAUGAGCAGAACAUCAAGGAAUUCAGCCCCAAGGAUGUCCUUGACAGUCCCCAGGGAGGUGGCAGUGCCAGAAGCCCAGACCCCACCUCUGCUGAGCAUUUUCCCGGAGAUGACCCCGGGAACACGAGGGGUGGAGGACUCUCCAGGCAGCCUGACUGGAAGGGGCAGGUGGACCUGUGGCUCUGCAGGGAGCCAGGGAGCAGGGACCUGUUCUGGGACUCCUCCAGCACAGGCUCAGAGGAGGAGGAGAGGGAAGAGAAGAUUCACCACAAGCCCACGCUGGUGAGGACCAGGACAGAGAGGAUUUCCCUGUUUGAUGACUUCUUUGACAGGGAUUUCUAGUGGCAUUUGGCUUGGGGAGUGCCAAAGGAAGAAGCCCCAGCUCUGGAGGGGCUGGGACCCUCCCAGGGGGAUGGGCUGGGGCUGGAGACGUGCUGGCUGUAAGUGGAAUUGCUGUGGGUAUGCAAAGGAGGAAUUUCUGUCACUGCAAACGGGAGCUCGCUGAUGUGGGGUGAAUAAAAACCCUCUGUGUUGUGUGGCUGAAUCAAAAUAUCUGGGGAAGAAAACCUUGGAUGGAGCAGCAGUGAAAUGGGGGUAGAGAGAGGAGGAGAGGGCUGGCAAAAAUAAAAAAAAAAUCCCUGAGCAGAAGCUAGGGAAAGUUCUGGGUUAACCCCAAAUAUUCAAUUUAAACUGAAAUGUUUCACUUGCCUUUGAGUUACUCAAUCUUCCUGUUUAACUUGGGGCUAACCUUUUUCAAACCACAAGUCCCAGUUCAAAAUGCAAGA